AUGAGCGAGUAUUUUGCACGUGUUCGUGUUGACAAUCCCAAGGCGCAACUUGCCAGCCAACUUGUAGCGCAACUUCAAUCGUCAAUGCGCAAGAACCUUGAGCAGGUGGAUUGGCUGGACGGACCCACUCGUCAGGCAGCUCUUGAGAAGUUAGGCAACAUGACCACACUUGUCGGGUAUUCGCAUUCUACCGAGCAAUAUCCGAUUGUAUUACAUGGUGACGCAUCGCUUGCAGUUAAUAUGCGGAUCAUCUUCACGUACAAGUUUAAUUACUCUAUGGCACGAAUUGCAGAAAAAAACUAUGCUCCUGACGGCAAGUUGCAGAAUUGGUGGAGCCCUGACGCAGCAAAAGCAUCCUCACAGCGGGCUGACUGUUUCGUGAAACAAUACGAUAGUUAUGCAGUGACAAGUGCUACAGACAAGAACAAGGUACUGGAUCAUGUCAACGGUGAGCUGACUUUGAAUGCGAAUAUCGCGGACAACGGUGGCAUCAAGUUGUCCUUUGACGCUUAUCAAAUAUUCAUGGCCGAUCAGGCCAAGGAUUUGGGGAAGGGAAGUAAAGCUAGAGCGACAGGGUUUACUAUACCAACGAGUCAAGCAGCAUACUGA